AUGUUCCUUUUAAAGGCAGCAUUUUGCUUGGCUCUCUACGUUGACCGGGUCUGUGUCGACCUGUGUUUUGGUCCAAACUUGGUCCAAACCUCCGCUUCCCACGUUUGCAAAGCUAGGGCUUUGACAAUGCCCACCGUCGUGAAGCACAACAUCCUUCCAUUUCGUGGGCAAAGUUGCUACAGCAGGCGCAAGGCCAUGUGGCUCUGCGCCAAUGUGACUCGGAUGACUCGGUCAUCAGGCACUGUGCAAGGCAGGGGUCGCAGUCUACAAGAUCCAAAGCUUUGCACUUCGACCACUCACCCGGAACAUGCUGAACGUCGAUCGUGGACGGCAGGCACAGGUCAAACCUGCUGCAUCUGGGACGCUUGCUGCAUUGGGCAGUCUGAUGGUGCUGCCAAUGCAAGAAAUGGAGCUAAUAGCAGAGCUAAUAGCAGACAUAAAUCGGAGAACAAGCUGCCACAUUUUGAUGCUAAAGUAACUCAGAAACUCCUUGAGAACUUGAUAUAA